UGAUGGAAAUUUUAAUUAACGAAAAUUAAAAUCGAAAGCUCUAUAGAUACAUAUAUUUAUUUAAGUUUGGCACAAAUUAAAGUGUAGGGUUGGCUGUAAUAUACUUUUUUGUGCGGAGGAAGGGGUUAUGAAACAUUAUUUAUCAGUGGUAUAGUAAAUUUUUACCAGGUACUUGUAAUUCGUUCAAUAACUAACAGAAAGUAAUUACUUUUAACUGUAAAGUAUACUUAAAUUGAUCGGUCAAUUGUCUAUUAAUUAACAAAAAUAAUACGUAACUCAUUAAAAGAGCUGAAAUUCUAAUUCAAUUAAAUUACGCGUGUUGGUGUUUUUUAUUUUUGUUUAAAACAUUUGGCAAUAGCGUAAUUGUAGACUGGGAACGAAUUGGCGUAUGAAUUUGAUUGUGUAUGGAAGAUAGAUAGAGGUGCGUUGUCGGCCUAACAAGUGGUUGGGUUUUGUGUUUUCUGAUCUCAAAAAAUAAGUAAUGUGCAUCGUUUUAUCAGUGUUAAAUAAAUAUUGCGGGUUAGGUACUUUAAAAUUACACUACUAUUACGGUGCUGGUUCGUUUAAUAAUCAAAGGUACCGCGAGUGCUAUUGAUGUUGGGAAUAGCCGUUGCUGCCAUUAAUGGCUUCCGUGCCAUUGUGGAGAACAUAAUAGUAGCUGUGUCGUUUUGGAAUACUUGGCAAUUGGUUGGUGUUCUACAGGAAUACACUGCAAAUCUAGGAAUAAUGGUCCGGAAAAUAGCAGCUUCGAAAGGUACAGACUCCCCUCCUAAGUUUUUUUUGUGUAAUGGCGGACGUAGUAUUUCAACUUCAACUUUUUAAUUGCUUAUACGUAUUAAUUGAAAAUCUUAUGGUAUGCAAUUGCAACGAUACAGGUAUAUUUAUGUAUUACAUCUAAUAAUUUACAUUAUCGUAAAAGAUAGGUUAAUGUUGCGUUUAUGGCCCCACUGGGGCCCCAUCUAAUGCUACGUUUAUGUACGUACAACAAAAAAUAAGAACAAACGACUUCUACAAUUUAUAGUUAAUAUAAACAAAUUCUUAUGUGUGUUGAGUAACAAUAACUAAUUUUAGAAUUGGUAAAAAAAUUGUUUGCAUCAAAAUUUGCUUCAAAAAUAAAUUUGACGAUUUUAUUCUUUCAAAUAAGAAGUUUUCAAAGAGCUAAUAUUUUGAUAUAAUCCUCAUAUAAAAUCCUCAAAGAAGUUAUACAAGAAAAAUUUCUUUAUAAGUAUGUUGGUCCAAUACGAAUGAUAAAAGUGUAGUUCCUUUGAUGUGCAGAUAUAUACACAUAAAAGUAAAAGCAAAUAAUCCAUAUGUCAGAGGAAAAUAUGAUAGUAAGGCACUUUUUAAUAAAUUAAAACAUAGAAGAAAGGUUAAUUGUUCUUGGGCUUUAAGUUAAUUUUUGGAAUGCGAGAGUUACUAAGAAAGUUUUUAAUUUAUAAUCAAAAACUUAUACCUUUAAAUAACGUAAGUACUCAUGUAUUUUUGCAAAUCCCUCCAGGGAAUAAAGCGGAUAAUCUUAUUUGCGCAAAGAUAUUUCUUUUACAAAAGUUUGUAUACAUACUGGCAGUAUAAAAAGGACGAUUUAAAUAAAAAUGCUUCAGUUUAUAAAAGUACAUGUAGAUGUUAUUACUCUUAUGUCUUACUCUUUUAAAAAUAAGGCGCUAAUGUGGUGGUACAUUGGAAAGAGAUCAAGGUUUAAUAACGUUUUUACGACCGUAUUAUUUGGUUUAAUAAUUUUAAUACUAGUGAUGCCAAAUAAGGCUCAGGUGACGUUUUCGAGGGAUUGGAUACCUGGUAAAAGGAUUAGUCGAAAUUACGAAUUUCAGGAGAAUUUUGAAAGGACGAGUAAAUCAGUCACUUAUCGUCGAAUUUUACUGAAUGAGAUGCGACGUUAUGAUCAAAAGUAUAAAGGGAAGAAGGAGUUAUUACACCUGCCCAUUCAUCGCUAUGCCAAUGUGGUGAUAAGAACAUAAUCAAAGAAGGAAUAAGUGUGGAAUGUGUUAAGAUUAACAUCAACCGAAAUAAAUAUGAUUUUGA